AUGAAUCGGGCAGAGAUCCAACAUAUUAUGGCGCAAUACGAGGCUUCGGCGCGUAAAGACUACGCACUGGGCUCUCCAAGAGUCGAUCAACUUCUAAGUCUGAUCCAGUUCAAUGUUUUUCGAGCGCUCGUGGAUAACACGUCCGUACUAGGAUUCACUAUGGACUGGCUAGAUGAAGAAGCUAUUUCCCCAUGGUGUGCAGGUGUAUCUGAAUCUCGAAUUAAAUUUUGCCUAACGAGCCUCUGUCCUACAUCCUUACAACGGGAAGUCUCCCAUCACCCGUGGAUAGACCUUUUCCCGAUCCCCCGAAUGAGGGAUAAUCUAUUACAAAAAUAUGGAGACUUCGAUGAAACUGCUCUUUGCAAUGACCUUGUUGAUUUCCAUGACGUUUCAAACGAUGAGACCGGUUUGAUUGUGUGGAGAAUGCCAUGGCAUCCAUCGGGGUGGGAGGUCAGUGAGACUUUCUUGCGUAAAUGGAACUGGGUCAUCAAGGGAUGUGAUGACCUUGCCAACUCAACCAAUUACUGGCGCGGAAUACGUGGAGAAGAACCUUUGGUGUUUGAUACUUGA